CACAGGGUGGCCAGGCUCUUGGUCUGCCCAGUUGGGCCCCCAGGACUCCCCGGGGGCGCAUGCCCCCCACUAGCCCAGGAGUAAACAGAGCUGAUUGGUCUCUAGUUGCCCUGCCCCCCCCCCCCCGCCCCGUCCCCAGAGGCCCUCCUACAACUUGCUUCAUAAUUAUGUAUUUGUGUGAGAGGGCAGAGGCCUUAGGGAGGGGGCCACCGUGCACGCUGGUUUGGAGAAGCAGAGAGGGGGCUGCAGAGCUUGGAGGGUAGACAGAUGGUGGUGCUCAUGGACCCUGGCGAGGACCCCGAGGACACGCUGCGCGCACACCGGUCGCGGGAGAAGACCUUCAUCUUCAACACUGUUUUCGACCAGCAUGCGUCACAGGUACCCCGCGCCCCACGCCCCCUGCGUCCUCCCACGGGGCUUCACCAGACCCUGGAGCCCCCCUGGGAGGGCUUGGUGGCCAGGUGGUCCCGUCCAUGACUUGUCACAGGAGUGUCCCUGCUGAACAACGAGGUUGGCACGUGCGCCGUCCCAGGGGCAGGUAGCGGGAGGCCCCGGGGUUCACACGCGUUCUCAUUUGUCCGUCCGUCCAGACAACAAGGCGGGGUCCCCUCUGCCAUGUGGCUGGAGCAUGCUAUGCUCCCUGCCCACAGGGGCCCCCCUGGGGCAGCAGCAGGGGACGAGGGGCCCAGGCGCAGGCUUCAGCCGGCCCCUUCCUCAGACGUUUGGGCCCAGCGUCAGGUCGCACGCACCAGACCCCCGCCUGGGAGAGCCCAGGGGGCCCGGCAGAGCAGGAUUUGAACUCGGGCUUCUGGAGACGGGCUGUCGCACGGCCAAGGUAUGGUGUCUGGGGGAUGUUUGGCCCCGAGACCAGUCCAGCCCUGCCCGCCCUGCCCCUGCAGCUGCCCGCUGGGCCCCGGCACGGCUUGUCUCGGACACACCGGCCCUCCCUCGGGACGCGGCCGUAGCUAGAAAGAGGACGGAUUUGCUCCGCGUGGCCGGCCGGCUGCUUUCUGAGCAGACUCGCGGCUUUCGCCCCUGAGAUCUUCCUGGGGCUGCAAGUAGGAGGGGGCUGGCCAUCAGCAUCUGUUGAGCAGUGGCUGCCUGCUGUCCUGGCGCACAUGGUCUUGCCAGCCCCUCAGCAGCCCUCUGCAACGUCCUGUGAUGUGGUCCCCAUUUUACAGACGGGGAAACCGAGGCUCCUCGCCUGAGGUCACACAGCUAGGGGGUUGCAGGCCAGCUCUCAGCCGCUGACGGUGUAAGUCCACAGCUCAGGAGAGCAGUCCCCGUGCUCAGGUCUGCCUCUAGCCGCCAUGAGCCGCGUCGCUGGCCGGGGCUACUGGGACAAUUUGGGGACGCCAGGAGCAGGGUCCAGAUGGGCGCCCAGGAAGGGCAGCAGAGAUGGGACUGUCGUUUCUGUCUGGGCCAGCCACGUCCACGCACCUGGAGGUGUCCUUUCUUGAAUACCCCUGUGGGCAGGGAGCUUACUACCACACCUGUUGCUAGGCGUUGCUGCCUUAUGUGGGAUUCUGCAGGACUGAGGUGCUCAGGCGUCAGUCCUGGUUUUGUCCCAGGAGGAGGAGUCCUGAUGCUCUUCCCAGACUUGCAAGUCCUGGGCUGCCUUCCGGUCCCAGGCACCUGUCGGGCUUCUCUCAGCUCCUGAGAAGCCCCAUCGCGUCCAGCACCAGACCCGUGUCAGGCCUCGUGGCGGGAGCUGUCCUGCGCUCUCGUGUGAUCCUCCCUGACGGCUGUGCUCUGGGGGCCCGGCCCCCUCUCAGCCCCUGGGGCGGCAGAGCGGCAGGACGGAGACUGCAGCCCACGCCCUGUCUAGACUGGCCCCCGCCUGAGGGUCCCGGCACACGCGUGUCCGACUCUGGCCAGGCCGCGCAUCCCGCUGUCUGUCCUUCCAUCCGUCCACAGGAAGACGUGUAUCAUGCCACCCCCCCAGCACCUGCUGGAAGGUGUCAUUUCUGGAUACAACGCGACGGUGUUUGCCUAUGGCCCCUCAGGUACCGCCGAGGGCAGGGGCCUGGGAGGGCGCGGGGCUGGUGGCAGGGGCGCUCUCCCUCCCGGACAAAGCACCUGCGGUGCACCAGCAUGUGCUGGUCUCCCUGCGCCCAUUGGCUCCUUCCAGCCUCGUCGAGGCCCCACGGGCAGGUAGAGCGCCCCCUUGCCGCACGCAGGGAAGCUGAGCCUCGGGGGGCUCACACGGCUGGUAGGAGUGCAUGUGGGGUCCAGCCGCGCCUGCACCUUGCUGCCCGCGAGGACCCACAGAUUUCUCCAUGAGGACGAGCAGUUGGGCUCAACACGGUCCACAAAGCUGAGCCACCUCUCGAGUCCUGAAAACUAGGAUCACAGAGGGACGGGGCAGUUGGGGAAACGGAGGCUGGGAAGCGCCUGGUCCAGAGUCACAGCCUUUGGAUGUCAUCGGUUCGGUCAGUAGCCGUUAGGGAGCACCCGCUGUGUGCCAGGCUCUGGCGGAGGAGGGGCCGUCUGAUCUUUCGGGAGCAGGGGCGGGGGCAGCGGUGUCCCUGUGACAGGCGUGAGUCCGGCAACUGUAGGAACGGCUUCCGCAUCUUCCCUAGAGCUGGGGGAGGAGCACGCACCCGGUGGUCGCCCCUCAUCCCGGCCCGUUUGGCCCACAUCUGCGCUUCGGUCCCGUGUCUCCCGCGUCUGCGGUUUCUUCUGCAGGGGAGCCACUGGACUCUUGUGGGCUUCCCCCUGGUUUCCAAAACUGAAAACAAGCGCGUCUGAGUGUUCGGGACCGUUUGCCCAAGGUGGCGGAGGUCUGAACCAUCUCGUGGUGGCGCGUGUCCAGGCGGGGUCAGAGCCUGCCUCAGGAGUCCCUGCCCUGGCGGCUGUCCUCCUGCCCACAGGCGCAGGGAAGACCCACACCAUGCUGGGCACGGACGCCGAGCCCGGCAUCUACCUGCAGACCCUCACCAACCUCUUCCGGGCCAUCGAGGACAGCCGCGACAACGCGGACUGCAGUGUGUCCAUGUCUUACCUGGAGAUUUAUAACAAAGUGAUCCGGGAUCUCCUGAACCCAUCCUCGGGGUUCCUGGACCUGAGGGAGGAUUCUCGGGGCAACAUCCAGAUCGCAGGCAUCAUGGAGGUCUCCACCUCAAACGCCCAGGAGCUCCUCACCAAGGGCAGUCGGCAGCGCACGCAGGAGCCCACGGCCGCCAACAGGACAUCCUCCCGCGCCCACGCCGUGCUGCAGGUCACCAUUCGGCGGCGGAACCGCGGCGCAGACGCGCUGGAGGGAGUGCGUGUCGGGAGGCUCUUCCUGGUGGACCUGGCCGGCUCGGAGCGGGCGUCGCAGACCCAGAACCGCGGCAAGAGGAGGAAGGAGGGCGCCCAUAUCAGCCGCUCCCUGCUGGCUCUGGGCAACUUCAACGUGCUCAGCGAGAAAAGUGGCCGCCGGGCACAGUACGUGAACUUCCGGGACAGCAAGCUCAUGCGCCUGCUGAAGGACGCCCUAGGAGGGAACAGCUGCACAGUGAUGAUCGCGCACAUCAGCCCAGCCAGCACGCCCUUCGAGGAGUCCCGGACCACCCUGCUGUACGCCUACAGGGCAAAGAACAUCAAGACGCGGGUGAAGCGCAAUCUCCUGAACGUGUCCUACCACAUCGUGCAGUAUACAGACGUCAUUUCUGACCUGCGCAGGGAGAUCGAGCGCCUCCAAUCCAAAAUUGAGACGCAGGAGGUGGAGAAGAGAGGUGAACCCGGCAUCCGGGAUGUGUGAGCUGGGAGCGGGAGGAGACCCACCAGCACACGCACAGUGACGGGACGCCAGAGAGGGACGAGGAGCCGGCAGAGGCCGACGCGGAUGGGGACGAGGGCGAGUCCGCGGAGCCGCUCGAGGUGGCUCUGGCC